AUGGCCACUGGUGAUACUCAUGUUUCUACGAUUCGAAAAAUAUUUCAACAACACGACGAUGAGAAACGUGAAUUGCAACAUCUCAACGAAAGCUUUGACAUGUAUAUCAAACGAGUUAAAAGUCUCGAAGACAAAAAUCGUCAAUUACGUAUUCAACUUGAUACUAUGAGACAGAAUUGGGGUUUUGGUUCUGUCAAGAUUAGAGAGGCAUAUAACAAUGAUUUGAAUUCGCUUCGAAAGCAACUGGAUACAACUACAUACGACAUGCAAUUAGCUCAAAUACAAACCAUACGAGCUGAACAUGAUAAAUUAUCGACUGGACAUCAAAUUUCUUUUCUAAACACAUUUUUUGUUGUUGAUAAACAACGUGCUUCGCUUUGUGAAAAAGAACUUGGACGAAGUAAAGUAGAACUAAAUGCAUUGUACAAUCAAGUUGAUAAUAAGAAGCAAGAAAUUGAACAAAGCAAAAGUGAAAUGCAACAACAAUUAAACUAUUUGCAAGCUUUGCAAAAGGAAUGUGAUGAUGAAUUAAUGCGCCGUAUUAUGCUCGAGAUUGAAUUGCAAACAUUUCGAGAAGAAUUGGUUUUUAUGAAAGCUAUUUAUGAAGAAGAAUGCAAUGAAUUUGCUUUACUCGGCACAUUCCAAAUUGAUGUUGGUCAAUUCUACCGAGAUGAACUUCACCGAGCAAUUGCUGAUAUUAAGAAAGAUUUUGAAACACUUGCACGUGCACGAUAUCAAGAAUGGGAAGGUAAGAAGAAAUAUGAGCAACAUUCUAAUUAG